GUUUUAAUUGUCUGCAAUGGCCCGUAAGUUUUUUGACUUAUGAGUCGAUAAAAUUGACAUACAAUUUUAGCGUAAAAAAAAACUUACGUGUCGUUUGUUCACAUACCAAAAACAAGAUAAAAUUCAAGACACUAUCUAUACUAUCAACAAUAUCUGUUGACAAUAAAGCCUUAAGAGGCACUAAUACGUUGAGAAAUUAAUAGCUUUGGAGGCUAUACUUCAUAUAUUAUUCAGAAAUGUUAUUGAUAAACUAAGUUUAGAAUUAUAUAGUAUAAGUAAACUAAGUUUGGUUAUUUCUAAACUAAGUUUAGAAUUAUAUAGUAUAAGUAAACUAAGUUUAUUUGUUAUAUUACUACUAUGGAUGAAAAUUUUCAUUAUUCCAUAUACUAUUACUACCACUAAUACCAAAAGACUAAAGAAUUACUUGGAUGACGUGGGAUCCCAAGUAAUUCAUAUUUUUAAUUCUCAUGAUUUUGAAAAUCUUACUAAUAUUGCUUCUGGAGGAUUCUCUUUGGUUCACGUUGUGUAUUGGAAAAAUACAAUAAAAAAGUUUGCGAUUAAAAACUUUAACGAAAAUUCUAAGGAAGAUGAUAUCAUUAAUGAAAUUAAGAUAAUGAGAGUAGUAGCUUCGCACCCAUCUAUUAUUCAAUUUUGUGGAAUUACGAAAUUUAAAGACAAACCACAUUAUUCGCUCGUUCUUGAAUAUGCGGACGGAGGAACAUUAAAAAACCAUUUAAGGAACAAUGCUAAAAUUAAAUGGGAAAGCCAAUUAAAGUUUGCUAAAGAAAUUGCUGCCGCGAUUUUAUGGCUACAUGGCAACGCAAUUAUUCACGGAGAUCUUCAUCCCAAUAAUAUCUUAAUACUAAUACAUCAAAACACAAUAAAAUUGGCGGAUUUUGGAUGUUCGCGUCUACGAGGAAAUGAAUAUUAUACUAAACCACGUCCACGUGGAAUAAUACCUUACAUGGAUCCUAAAAUUCUUGGUAAUCCCGAAAGUUAUGAUUUAACCGAAAAAUCAGACAUAUAUAGUUUAGGAGUAAUAUUGUGGGAAUUAACAAGCUGCUCAUCACCUUUUGAUGGUCUUGCAAGAUGUCUAAUUAAGUCAGAAAUUCUUAAAGGUACAAGAGAAAACCCUAUUCCAAAUACAAAUAAUAAAUUCGUUGCGCUUUAUAAAGUAUGUUGGAAACAAGAACCAGAUGAACGACCAGAAAUUCGCCAAGUAAUUUCCGAACUCAAUAGUAUUGAACCAAAUAAUUUCAAUUCACAAGAGACAGGAGAUGAAGACCUUUGCUUGUCAAGUUGUGAAGUUAUAUAAAUAACUUAAGUUCCGAUAAUUAGAAUACUUCGUUAGGAAAGCUAAACCUCACCAGUGGUGAUCAUUAUCACCAUAUAAUUUUAUAUAUGUAAUUUUUUAUAUCGUGACCACCAUGAAACUUGUCAGUCAUCCUUAUGGUGAUCUUUAGCAAGACCCAUUUCGUUGUAUGCAUUUUGCGUAUUUGAUGAACACUAGGAGUAAUAUAAAAAGUUUUUGGUAAUUAAUUAGGCUUAGUAAUAGUAGUGACAGAAUUUUUUCAUUCAUAUGUGUAUA